GUCCGAGCCUACGCCGCCAUGGACCCCGCCUCGUAUGAGGCCGUGGCGGACACGCUCAGCCAGUCGGCGCGGGAUCGCAUCCAGCACCAGCGGGGCCUCCUCUCAGGCGAUCCGCAGCUGGUGUCGCGGGCAGCGGAGAAGGAAAGUGACGUGCUCACGGAUCGGCUUGGCAAGGUGCAGAAGAAAUACGAUAAGGCGCAGGAGAACCUGCACCGUGCCGUCCGCUGCGCAGCAGAGGUUGGCGCUGAGCUCGAGGAGCUCCAGCAGCAGCAGAAGGAGGCUGCCGCGCGCGGGGCAGCGGCCCUUGCGCAAGUGGGCGGCACGGCCGCCGCCGCGCCUGGCACGCCGCCUGGCCAGUGCGACGGGCUGCUCCAGCAGGCGCGGCUGCUUGGCGACGCCGAGCUCGAGACCAAGCUCACGGCGGUGGCGGCGCAGCUGGCAACCGCCCAGCAGGAGCUGCAGGCGAAGGCCGCGCAAGCCCAGCACCCCCCCCCUGUUGCGCCUGCUGGCACCGCCCCGUCAGGCGGUGCCCAGCCUGGCGCCGCCAGCGCGGGCCUCCCCUCGGGAUGCGGCCUCGCGGCGGCAGGGGCAGCGGGUGCAGGGCAGGCUGCGCCGCCUCCUGCAGCUCCUGUGGGUGGCGCUGACCCUGAUGAGCGCGCCCGUGCAUGGGCAGCCCGAAACGAGCAGAAGCUGCUCGAGGCCUGUGCCAGCGCAGUCGGCGACGAAGAUGACAUGGAUCUCGACGAGGGCGCCAAGCGGGCCAUCAAGCAGCGAGCCAUCGAGCUGUUCGGCCAGGCGCUCAAGAAGCUGCGCACCACUCACUACGUCCCACCGCAGCAAUCUGGUGACUGGUAUGAUUGUGACUUGGCGCUUGUGCAGGAGCACAAGGUGCCGCAGCGUCAGCGUGACGCGCAGGAGCAGGCGCUGCGCAAGACAGGCUGGAAGGCAGCCAUCAACCCCGCCGUCCGCGCUGGUGCCGCUGAUGGCGCCUCUGACAGCCUGGCGGGCUUGUCUGGCACUUUGAUUGCCACGCCUGUUCGUUAUGGGUUCAGCCAGCUGGAGGGCCUCCCGCACUGCGCGUGCCCAGCCAGGGCUUCACUGCUGCAUCUAAGCCACGGUCCGAAAGGUGGCUUGCUUGUUGGCACCAUGUACCUGCACGACUCUGAAGACCUCAGUGAGAGGAAUUGGCACAUCCUCUGCGCCAUGGGCCAGGCCGUCAAGAGUGCAGGGCUUCCUUUCAUCCUCAGUGCGGACUGGCAAGUCACGCCCGAGGAGAGUGGCUGGGUGGCAGGCAUUGGUGGCGUCGUGGUAGCCCCCAAGGUGGGCACGGUCAGGCCGUCGGAGCGCGUCAUCGACUACUUCGUGAUGUCGCCCUUCCUAGCGGCAGGAGCGCAGCUGACCGUUCUGGAGCACAUCGCGGUCAGUCCGCAUCGUGCAGUUCAG